AUGUUUGACAUAAAAGGGGUUUACAAGAAAAACGAAGAGAAAAGACAGACAAAAAUCACUGAGGAUUUGGAAAACGUCAGAGAGAAAUACUGCCUAGACUUUUCAAAGGACAUCAGGAAGACCUUCAAUGACCCCAUUCAUGGUCAGAUUGAGCUGCACCCGCUGCUGGUGAAGAUCAUCGACACUCCUCAGUUUCAGAGACUCCGGUACAUUAAACAACUGGGAACAAAAUAUCUGGUGUAUCCGGGCGCCACUCACACUCGCUUUGAACACUCUCUUGGUGUGGCACAUUUAGCAGGAUGUCUUCUCAAGACUCUACAUGAGAAUCAGCCAGAACUCAACAUCACCAAACAGGAUUUCCUGUGUGUUCAGAUCGCUGCCCUGUGCCAUGACAUGGGUCAUGGUCCCUUCUCUCAUUUGUUUGAUGCCAUGUUCAUCCCUGAAGUCCGGCCUGGUAAGCCUUGGACGCAUGAGCAGGCAUCUGUUGACAUGUUUCGCUGCAUGAGAAAGAAGAAUGGACUGUACAAAGAGAUGGAACGCUACGGACUGAAUCUACCUGAAGACAUCACAUUUAUUGAGGAAUUAAUUCUGAAAGGACAAAAGGAUGGCCAGUGGUCAAUGAAGGGCAGGACUGAGGACAAAUCCUUCCUGUAUGAGAUUGUGGCAAAUAAAGUGAACGGCAUUGAUGUGGACAAAUGGGACUAUUUGGCUCGAGAUUGUUAUUAUCUCGGCAUUCCAUGUGGUUUUGACUCUCAGCGUCUUCUGAAAUCUGCUCGAGUGUGUAACGUGAACGAGCGGAAACACAUCUGCUUCAGAGACAAGGUGGCAGACAACAUUUAUGGGAUGUUUCACACCAGAUACACUCUUCAUCGUCAGGCUCUUCAGCACAAGAUCGGCUACAUCAUUGAUGUCAAGAUCAAAGAUGCUCUCGUACAAGCUGAUGAGAAGAUGAUGAUGUCAAAAGCCAUAGAUGACAUGUCAAAGUACACAGAACUCACAGAUCGCGUCUUUGAUGAGAUCCUGCACACGUCAGACUCACACCCCAAUCUGGUUAAAGCCAAGGGUAUUCUAGAAGAAAUUGUCGAGAGAAAGCUGCCAAAGUUUGUGGGAGAGGCCCGACUGAAGGAAGAUGAAUUAAAGGAAGAACUGAAGAAAAACUGGGAGACAGUGAUUGACAGGUCUCUGACAGCUGAGGACUUUGAGAUUUGUGUUCUUGACAUGGGUUUUGGUGAAGUGGGCAAAGAGCCCAUCGAUAAUGUUCAUUUCUACAGCAAGAAUGACCCAAACAAAGCCUUCAAGAUGGAGAAGUACCAGGUGUCCAGUCUCAAGCCAAAAAGGUUUCAUGAAUAUCUCGUGAGGGUGUACUACAAUAAAACUGAUGGCAGUUAUCAGGAGGUCCAGCAGAAAGCAGAGGAGAGCUUCCAUGAGUGGUGCAAGAAAAAUAAGUUCAUUGAUUCAGACGUCUUCUCUUAA